AUGUUUCUAAAACUCUUUCUGUGCGUCGUGCUAUUGCAAAUAGCUUAUGGCCAAAAUACUAUCGAGAACUUUAUACUGUUCGAUGCAUCUAAUGGGGAUGCAACUAUGCCACGUCCGUUAGAUUCUGUAACAGGACCAAUCAGUAUCAACGUUCGCUUUCCAUUCUUUGGCAAAUGGUACAAUGUCAUCCGAGUAUACAGUCAUGGUUUGAUUCUUUUUGGAAAUGUUACCUAUGCUUUACCGCAUAAUCCACCUGGUCCUUUUCCAUUGAAAGAUUUCGUAUGUGCUGCACCAUAUUGGGCAGAUACAGAUCUUACAAAAGAUUCAUUUAGCAACAUCUUCUAUCGAGAAAUUCUGGAUGAGAGUACAUUGACUCAAAUUUCAUCUAUGAUUAAAAAUGGAUAUCCUCUACUGUCGGCUAGUCGAGUGUUAUGGGCUUUCGUCGUGACGUGGUAUCGAGUCGCUGGUCAUACCGGAGAUCCCGGUCGAAACACAUUUCAAGCGAUCAUCGCAACCAACGGAAUCUAUUCAUUCACUAUUUUUACGUACAAUCAAAUUCAAUGGGCCGCUGGAGCGUGGGGUGGUUAUCCUCAAGUGGGUUUCAAUGCAGGUGAUCAACUCAAUUAUUUUACUGUAGAAGACUCGUUUUCAGCUGACAUUGUCCAUAUUACACAACAAUCCAAUGUUGGUAUUCCCGGUCAAUUUAUCUUUCUUACGAAUGGUAACAUUAGCAAGGUAGAAUGCAAUACAACUCAAGGUUUACAAAGUUCCCCAUUUCGUGGUUCUAUGCAUGGUGGUUAUCAAUUCCGACUCUUUGGAGUUUGUUUUCCUGAUAAACGUUACAUUGUGGAAGUCAAUGGUCAACCGCUCGACGACUGUCAAGUCACAUCAGUUUUUAUCACAUGCACAAUGCCAAUGGUAUCUGAAGGUCGACUUCAAAUCGAAGUCCUUCGGUCUGAUCGACAAUCAAUCGGACAUACAGACUUUUUAUCCUUCAUGCCAGAAAUGAAUGGUGAUGUGAUUCUCUUCAAUCAUGGUGAUUUGAUUAAUAAACCUCGAACGAUUCAAGAUCGCCGUUUCGAUUUACAGUUUCUCAAAAACAAUCUUACAACACAUAAUUUGUUUCGACUUGUUAUCUACGAUUACAGUACACAAUAUAUCGCUAGUAGCAAUGAAUUUUAUAAUUUAUCUACACAACGCAUCGAUCUUCCACUUGGUUUACUGAACCUUUCCAGUUUGAACAAUUUGACGGUCAAUUUUCAAUCGAUAUUUCCUAUCACUGGUGUUCCUGCCGAUCAAGUUCAUUUGUUAGAUUUUUCAUUCGAACUUAUUCGGCCAAACACAACUACAACAGAAGCAUACACAUGGAAAGGCGCACAAAAAUUCAUCACACGCACAUUUAUUGUCCCGUAUGCAAUGCUGACGUCGUAUUGUUCAACCUGGGUCACUCUACAAUCCGAUGCAAUCACACGGAAUGUAACAAGUCGUGUUCCUUCAUGUCCAUGUCGAGUGCUGAAUACAUGGGCUGACGAACAGUUUGGAUUUAGUGCUGAUCCUGUCUGUCAUGGUCGCAAGUCAGGUCCAUGGAAUUGUCAAUACAAUAAACCUCGAGGUCGAGCAUGUUACCGAAGAAAAUCGCUCAACAGUGACGGCGGUGCGCAUUGUUGCUAUGAUACUGCUGGUAUUCUUAUUUCCGAUAUACGACAAGGUAGUGGUUCAGUGAAGGCGCAUUUUCCAGACACGAUGAAAGCACUGUCGACAUAUCAACAUUUCUUUACUGAUUUUCUGCCUUACUUUUCAUGCUGCGGUAUCGCAACUGAAGUACUUGCGACAUGUUCUCAAUACACGAAAUAUCGACCUGCUGGCUCGUGCGUCAAUCUUCUGCCCAUACCACCUACUGGCGGACGUGGUGAUCCACAUUUCUCUACCUUGAAUGGCAAGUCUUACACAUUCAAUGGACACGGUGAAUACACAUUGGUUAAAAGCUCCGACAACACAUUUCAUGUUCAAGUACGACUUGCUCGAUUAACCAAUGAAACAACAAGUUCGAUGUCAGCAUCAUCAUCCAUGGACAGCGCAACAGCUAUCGUAGCAUUUGUUAUUCACAAUGAUGAUCAACCACGCGUCCAAUUUGAAUUACUUCCUGCAUUGAAAUCAAUGGAAAUUCAUGUUAAUGGAAAAUUAAUCGAAUUUACACCACUAACCAGCGAAGAAGAACUUCAGUCGUCAUCAUUGAUCUAUGCCGAUGAUCGACAAUUGGUUAUUCGACAGCGUGACAUCAAUAGUUAUAGUAUUUCCUACGGCGAAAGUGAAAUACAAUUCAUCGCUCAUGUUCGACCACAAUAUGAUUUUCUCGAUUUGUCUUCGAUCAUUCCCAAGACAUUCAAACAGAACAGCGUAUUUCAAGGUAUACUUGGUGGUUUCACUGGUUUAACAUAUUCGAAUGGAACGAACGUAUCAGCCAGUUUCAAUGAUGACAGAGCACUCUUCGACUAUGGAGAAUCAUGGCGAACGACCAAUGAGUCUUCACUCUUCUACUAUCGUUUGCAAGACAGUCAUGCUGAACAUCAAGAUUUAACCUAUCGUCCGAUGUUUCAAGAAGAUUUGUUCGAGAAAUAUGCUAGUACCGAACGGUAUCGGCUGGCCGCGGAAGCUUGUCGCAAUCUGACUCAUGAACAACAAUGCAUUUAUGAUAUUUUAAUUACCAAUGAUGUGACUAUUGUUCAAAUGCAAGAAAAAUAUGAAGCCGAGGUACAUGUGUUGGAUGACUAUGUCGAAUUAGUUACAACUGACAUUGAGAAUGAUGCCAAAACAACAACUACAAUGGAAAGUCCACUCACACAAAAACCAUUGAAUUCUGGUAUGCGAUUUUCCAUCAAUAGUAUUUGGAUGAUCGUCUUUAUGGCAUUACUUGCAUAA